AUGGCAGCUUCCCGAGGUGCUGAGACUCCAGAACAGACAAGUACUCGGCUUGGAGAUCAACGCAGAAGACAAGCGACUUCCAGAGCUGCUGAGACUCCAGAACAAACAAGUACUCGGCUUGGAGAUAAACGUACAAGACAAGCGGCUUUCAGAGCUGCUGAGACUCCAGAACAAACAAGUACUCGGCUUGGAGAUCAAUGCACAAGACAAGCGGCUUCCAGAGCUGCUGAGACUGCGGAACAACGACAAGCACGACGUGAGGAAGAUCGAACAAGACGUUCCACUUCAAGAGCAGCACGUUGGACAUUCAUGGAGCGGGAAGCAUUUCAAUAUGAUCCAACCAAAAGUUAUGACAGUCGUCCUCAACUUUAUAUUGGACGAAUGACAGAGAUUUGCUCAUAUUGUGAUGCACUCAAGUGGCCUGGAGAAGCACCAGGUAUGUGUUGCUCCAAUGGUAAGGUAAAACUACCACCGCUUCGACUACCUCCUGAACCAUUGGAAUCAUUAAUGUCAGGAACAACUGCAACAUCAAAGCAUUUCUUGGAGAACAUUCGAAACAUGUGGUCCAUCCAAUCCGGGACAAUAUGGGGAUCCUACAAAGAAAGUUUAACCGAAGACAUCCUCAUACAAGCUCGCAGAAAGAAUCCUGGAUUAGUUUUAAAUUAUAUACCUGAUAUGUUCAAUCAAACAUUGAUUAUUCUUGAAGAUAAAGCUCUGGGAAUGGAUGGCAAAGAUCUCAAACAGUUAGGUCUUCCAAGUCCUCAAAGAACUCUUGGCGAUCGAUUGACCAGAGAAAUAUUCAGAGAGACGAGCUACGACUUGAACGAUUUGAACAAGUAUAUAUCAGCAAAUGAACCAUUACUGUUACCAGAUCAGAGGGCUGCUUAUAAUGCUAUAUUAGAUCGGAUCAAUAGAAAAGCCGGUGGAACAGGAAAAACAUUUGUCAUUAAUCUACUCUUGGCUAAAAUUCGACAGGAGUCUAAAAUUGCAAUUGCAGUGGCUUCUUCAGGAAUUGCUGCUACACUGCUUCACGGUGGUCGUAUUGCUCAUUCAACAUUAAAGUUGCCUCUCAACCUUACACAAUGUGAAGCUCCACUUUGUAAUAUUAGCAAAGGUACUGGAGAAGCCAAAGUUGUACAAGAAUGUAAACUUAUUGUAUGGGACGAAUGUACGAUGGCACAUAGACAAGCAUUAGAGGCUCUGGAUCGUACACUUCAAGAUCUUCGUGGCAAUGGGAAACUCGUGGGUGGAGCUGUUUUGCUUCUAGCUGGUGAUUUUCGUCAAACAUUGCCUGUCAUCCCGAAAGGAACAAUGGCUGAUGAACUCAAAGCCUGCUUGAAAGCUUCAUACCUCUGGAGACAUGUUCAUAAGCUGGAACUCAAAACCAACAUGCGAGUUCAUUUACAGAGUGAUGUAGCUGCUGGCCAAUUUGCUCAACAACUACUUAGUCUUGGAGAUGGAAAAAUAGCUGCUGAUCCGACCACUGGACUUAUCACUAUUCCAAAUAAUUUUUGUAAUAUAGUAGACUCAAUAGAAACUCUGAAAACCAGUGUAUUUCCAGAUAUUCGACGCUGUUUUAAUAAUCACAAAUGGCUCUGUGAACGUGCUAUUCUUGCUCCGAAAAAUGGUAGUGUAAAUGCUAUUAACUUGCAGAUUCAACAACAGUUACCUGGUGUAGACGUAUCAUACAAGUCAAUUGAUACAGUUGUGGACAUUGACCAAGCAGUACAGUAUCCUACCGAAUUUCUCAACUCGCUGGAACCUCCUGGAAUGCCACCACACAGUCUGGUGCUCAAGGUUGGCUCUCCGAUAAUGCUUCUAAGAAUUUUGGAUGCACCAAGACUCUGCAAUGGUACAAGGCUUUGUGUGAAAAGCCUAAUGCCCCAUGUGAUUGAAGCAACUAUCUUGACAGGCUGUGCAAAAGGAGAAGAUGUAUUUAUGCCACGAAUUCCCAUGGUUCCUAAUGAUAUGCCAUUGGAGUUCAAGAGUCUUCAGUUUCCAGUGCGUCUUGCUUUUGCAAUGUCUAUCAAUAAAGCUCAAGGUCAAUCGCUUAAAGUUGCUGGUAUUAAUCUAGGAACUCCUUGCUUUUCCCACGGUCAAUUAUACGUAGCAUGUUCAAGAGUAGGAACUGGAAAGAAUUUGUACGUUUUUGCUCCUGAUGGUAAAACUCGAAAUAUUGUAUAUCAAACAGCUUUAAAAUAA